AUGCCUAUUCCAGCGUUUAACCGGACGACGGCCGUAUCACAAUGGACGUCCUUCAACAUCACACAGGCACAAGUCAAAGGAAUCCCCAACUUCUUCUCCAGAUCCAUGUUUGGCAACACCACCGAGCUUAAAUCUGCAGCGCAGUUUAUCGUAGUAUGGGCGGUGGUAGCAGUGAUCUUGAGGAUAUUUUCACGGCGAAGACUGAAGACAAGGAUUGGUUGGGACGAUAUUUGCGCGAUGGCUGCCGUGUUUUUUUUGGUCACUAAUCAGAUGAUAUUCUCCAUGAUAGAGUUUCUUGGGAAAUCCAGCUUCGCUUUUGUUGGAAGGGCAGAUAUGGUAGAGGAGAUGAAAAGGCUUUCGAAGAUUGUGAUAGGACUAAAGCUGAGCCUGGCAUACGAAGUUAUGUACCUGAUCAAGCAGUGUACGAAAAGAACUCUACUUACAUUUACCUCCGGGAUCUCGAACAUUGUUACAAACACAUUAGUAUUAGCAGUUCCAGUCCCGCUGCUCGUCCGCGCAAACCUCACUUUACGACAACGAAUCGGGGUAUCCGUCCUCUAUUUUUUUGGAGCAUUCGUGAUCGUCGCCUCCGCCCUCCGCUUCACAACCCAGCUCCUCGACGUCUCCGUCCCGCAAGCCAUCGGCUGGUCUCAAAUCGAAGUCUCCCUAGCCAUAAUCCUAGCCUGCGCCCCCAUGUGCGUCAAGCUGCUCAUCACGCCACUAAUCGAUCCGCGAGAGUUCGAAAAAGCCACAGACACCACGCAGUUUGUCGAAACGCCCACGUCCCUCACUGGGCGCAUGAUCUCAGAGAAAUCGCAGCACGUGUAUUACGAGAACCAGUUACGCAAAUCGUCAAAUAUGCGGCCUCACCAGCAGCAGCAUACGUCCCGACUUGCGCCGUUUAUCAUGUCCGGGAAGCGUCCGUCCAACGACGGGAAGGUGGCGUCGUUGUUCUCCAGGUUCACAGGGAAGGUACCGAUCAUGGGUCGGCUGAACAUUGGUGGGUCUGCGCAGGUGGAGAGCCCUGGGAACAUUAACACGCGGGAGUACCAGCGACUGAAGAUAGUAAGGGCAGAAGUGAAUGGACAAUCUAUUUGGCGGGUCCGCCCAAUAUCGCCGGCAUCUCCCUCAAAGGUUGCACAACAAGCCGAGAAAUGGCCUCUGUAG